CAGCGCGCGCGCACCGCAUACCCGAGCUACUCACCCGAGAGGCUGGACCGCAGUACAAGCUCUCUUUACUGUUCUAGUCUCCACCAAUAUGUUCAUUGGCGUCACCUCAAGUGGAGACAACGUGAAUUCACAUUACGAUUACCUGAUUUGAACGCCGGAGGCACAUCUAGUGAGAGAAAUUUUGUACGCUUGCAAAUAUGGCGCUAGAUUUCGUAGCUGGAUGUAUUGGGGGUUGUGCAGGAAUUAUUGCUGGUCAUCCUUUGGAUACAUUGAAAGUGCACAUACAGUCAGGCAGAGGUAGUGCGCUUCAAUGCACGAAGGCUCUUUUGAAAGGAGGAACGUUGUCUACCGCGUACCGUGGAGUUGGAGCUCCACUGGGCGGCAUAGCGGCUGUUAAUGCUAUAGUUUUUGGUGCAUAUGGAAACACGAGAAGGGCCUUGCCCAAUCCGCAAGCUCUGAGCACGCAUGCGACUGCCGGAGCCGCUGCAGGAUUAAUGCAAAGCUUCGCGUGCGCUCCCGUGGAGUUAGUCAAAACACGUCAGCAACUCUCGAAACCUGGAGAUGGCAUGCCUUCAGGAGCUUGGGCCGGAGCCCGCCACAUCAUUCGAACUGGAGGUUUCAAGGCACUAUUCCGAGGACUUUGUGUGACGAUGGCUCGCGACUGCCCUGCGUUCGCGAUAUACUUUACCUCUUACGAGGCGAUGACUCGAGGAGAUCAAUCUGUGAUGAAAGUGUUUAUGGCGGGAGGUGCGGCAGGAGCUUUAUCGUGGGUGGUAUUAUAUCCUAUUGACGUGGUGAAAUCGAGGAUACAAGGUGACGUUGUGGGGAGGUACGCGGGUGCAUGGGACUGCUUCGUGCAGUCUGUGAGGACUGACGGCUGGAGGAGUAUGGGGCGAGGCGUAGGCGCGGUUACCCUGCGGGCCUUCAUCAGCAACGGCGCGUGCUUCACAGCCGUGGCGUGGACGGAGCGCGUGUGGCAACGCAUGGCUGAUGACUCCGGAGUCACCAACGUCCACUACGCGCAGACCAACACCAUCAGUGAAGCGGUGUGUGAGAACAACGACCGACAAUACGAUGUUUGAACAAGGUCCAAAUUGAUAAACUGUGGACUUUUUAAUGAUAAUAAGAAAGAUUUUGUUUAUGACCCGUGGAAGACGGAGAUAAAAAGUUGAUUAUUUUGUA